AGUAACCACACUGUCAUCUUUCCCUUGACCCAUUUCCCUUUUCCUCCUCCCCUUGUUGAUGUGUACUUUUUUUUUUGGUAUUAAUUUGCCUUUUUCUUGUGGAGUAGCUUCUUCUGCUGCAUAGGCGCAUGAGAUUUAUUGCUGUAGCGAAGGUCUGAAGAGACAGAGGAGAGAGAAGGCAGAGUUGAAUGGAUUGGAACUUCAACAAGCCAAGCUCCGGUUAUCUAUCCGAAUUCGAUCAAGAACCCGUCCCCGAUGUGCCGCAACUCGGCGAAUCCAUCUCGUUCGGGUCGCAGAGGAGAGGAGAGUUCUCGUUUGAUCUGAAACUUGGAAAUGUAGGAAACUUCUCUGUUUCAGCUUCAGGUUAUGACAGCACAGUGCCAUUGAUGGGCAGCGCAGUGGCGAAAGCAGAGUCUUCGAUGAGUUCGGGAUCGUUGAAGAGGGCGCGAGGGAGCGGUAACGGCAACGGGAAUCAGACGCCGUUCUGCCUCGUGGACGGCUGCGAUUCUGACCUUAGUAACUGCAGGGAGUAUCAUAGGAGGCAUAAGGUCUGCGAGGUUCAUUCCAAGACUCCCGUGGUUACGAUCAAUGGUCUGAAACAGAGGUUUUGCCAACAAUGUAGCAGGUUUCAUUCCCUUGAAGAGUUUGAUGAAGGGAAGAGGAGCUGUAGGAAACGCCUUGACGGGCAUAACCGUAGAAGAAGGAAGCCUCAGCCCGACCCCGUUGCCCGUCCCACGAGUUUCUUGACGAGUUUCCAAGGUACCAAGUUUCUGCAGUUCUCUAGCUCACAUAUGUUCCCAACUUCAUCAGUAGCAAGUCCUAACUGGAGCGGUAGCGGCGUUUUAGGCGCUGUGGCCAACAGUUCGGGUUACGGGAAUCACCCGAGCGUUCCUUCCGCUGCAAAGCCAGGCAUAAUAUUCCCGAUCUCGUCCCCGAGCAGCAGCUACAAAGCAUCAGAGAAGCGAUUCCCGUUCUUGCAAGGACACGAUAACCUAAGCAGCAGCAGCAGCAGCCAUAACCGGACAACUAUGUUGUGUGAGAGAUUGACGAGUUGCAUCCGUGACUCGGAUUGUGCUCUCUCUCUUCUGUCAUCCUCUUCCUCGCACCAGACGCUAUCUCCCGACCUCGCCCGCCUAGGUCACCGCACUCACGAAAACGUUCAGCAGCAGCCGAGAUCAGUCCCUCUUGUGGUUCAGCCGUUGCCGUUCUUGACCUCUGAGCCGAUGGAUAACAUUUUAUUCGGCGGCUCGGGAAUUUUCGAGAACCCUGCUGCUGCCGCGGCGGCGGCUGCAGGCUCUGACGGGUCGGGGAAUGAAUCUGUAUCUGCUUCACAGACAUUCCCGUUUCAUUGGGAGUAACAGCAGUUAGAUCAUACAUUAGUUUGGUUUUUGUCUUCUCCCCAUUCGUUGUUGUGUUUUGUGGCGUUUGUCUCAUGUUCUUCAGAUUGUUUGGAAUUCUACUGAAUAUUGUUUGAUGUUCAUUUACAUUCCAUCGAUUGAUGUUUUGGUUCGUUUUGA